AUGACGGAGGUGAACGGGAAGAAGAGGAGGAGGGGCGGCGGCGGCGGGGGAGAAAGGGUGUUUAGAUUCAAAAGCUUUGGGGAGAAUGGGCAUCCGGCGGAGCUUGUGGGGCUGUUCCGAGAGAAUGUGGAGGCACUGCUAGGGUUCGGGCGGUGCGAGGGUGGAGAGUGCGGUGGUGAGGGGUUUCGGUGUUGGUCGUUUCGGCUCCAGGUUCAGCGGCAGCCACCUUUUCAUGUCGUGUUGUUUGUCGUGGAGGAGGCGGCGGAGGCGGCUACCGUGGCAGCGAGGCAGUGUAAACAAUGCCAGUAUGUUGGGUGGGGACAGCAUAUGAUAUGCAAUAAAAAGUAUCACUUUGUGUUGCCAUCAAAGGAGACAAUGGUGGCUGCUUCUUCUUCUUCAAACAGCAAAAGCAUGUUGAGUUUGAGGCUGAUGGAAUUACAAGGUCAUAUUCUUCAUGGGGUUUUCCAUUCUAAUGGCUUUGGCCAUUUGCUGUGCCUCAAUGGACAAGAAAUGGGCAAUUCAUUACCUGGCUACCUUGUCAUGGACUUUUGGGAUCGCUUGUGCAAUGUACUUAAAGCAAGGAAGGUGAGUUUGAGGGACAUUUCACAAAAGAGAGGAAUGGAACUAAGGCUACUCCACAACAUUGCCUAUGGUCAGUCAUGGUUUGGCCAAUGGGGUUACAAAUUUAGCCAUGGAGCCUUCAAAGUGACCAUUCAAAUGCACCAAAAAGCCAUUGAAGCCCUUCAAACCCUCCCUCUCCCUCUCAUUCUCCACCACUUUGCCUCUAUUCAUCCCCAAGUUCCCUUCAUUUUCUCCAAGUAUCAAUCCCUCUCUAACCACCCUCUUCUCACCCUCCAAGAUCUCCUCCAUUUCAUGCUCAACCUCAAAUCCCCUCUCCACACACAAAACUCCAUGGAAUGCUCCCAUAGCUUGGCCGGAUUCUUGCUCGAGACCUCUUGUCGAUGGUCCCCGAAGCGUGUUGAGAUGGCGGUUCGAGUCAUCAUCGAGGCAUUGAAGCGAGCGGAGUUUCGAUGGGUUUCUCGGCAGGAGGUACGAGAUGCAGCUCGUAUUUAUAUCGGCGAUACAGGGUUGCUGGAUUUCGUGUUGAAGUCAUUAGGAAAUCAUGUUGUUGGAAAUUAUUUGGUUCGAAGAACAUUGAAUCCUGUGACCAAGGUGCUUGAGUAUUGCUUGCAAGAUGUUUGCAGUAAUGUUCAAAUGAAACCCAGGUGUAAAGUUGGGAGAGCUGAGUUAGCAAAAGAUAUCUCCCACCUCUACAAAUACAUUCUUGGAGACCAAAAGCCAUUGCAGGCCAAAGGAAUUCUUCCCACUCUAACAAUGGCUUCCGAGAUCAUCCUCGACUCGAAGUUCCUCAUCAAGAAGUACACAGCCGAGCCACAAACGAAACCCGAGCUCGAAAUUGAAGGAAAAUUAAACCUAUUGUGCACAAUUAGACUCAAAAGACAAGAAGCAACAACAAUACUUCCAUAUGAGUGCAUUGCAUUGAAUAACAAUGCCACCAUUGAUGAGCUAAAGGGGGAGGUGGAAAGGAACUUCAAAGAAAUAUAUUGGGGAUUGAGGAGUUUUGAAGUGAAAAGGAUAGUGGAUUUGGAGGCAAAAGGGAAGGAUUUGGUGGUUGAGUUAGUGGAAGUAGGUGGGAAGUUGGUGUUUGAAGGAAGUGGAGAAGAUGAAGGAAGCUUUUUCUUCAAUAAUAAUAAUAAUGGUGGAAUUGAGAAGAGAAUUAUAGAGUGUGUUUGUGGAGCUGUGGAAGAUGAUGGGGAGAGGAUGGUGGGUUGUGAUAUUUGUGAAAUUUGGCAGCACACAAGGUGUGUACAAAUACCAAAUGAACAACAAGUUCCUCACAUUUUUAUUUGUAAUAGGUGUGACCAAAAAAUUGCAUUGCUACAUUCACUGCCUUAG